UUGCCUGACUUCUUACUACACUUUGAUCUCAAAUUUUCUUUCAUGGGCCACUAAGCGGUAUGAUUAAUCAUGAAUUUAUGGUUUGUUGUAAAAAAUUGCUUAAGUUGUGUAAAUCUUUUAUAUGCAGCUAUGUAAUUUUCCAUUGAAAACUUUUUCCCCUUUUUUUCCUGUGUUUUAAGACACCAGAUUUUAUUUGUUCUUGGGUUCUACUUUGACUGCCUUUUGCAUUUCAAUGUAAAAAUGUAUGUGGCAUUCUGUUACAAUGGAUUCUUGACUAAUAUUGGGUUAUAAAAUUGAAUUCGAGAAUUCAGAAGUUCUGUGACAAUUUUCAUAUAUUUGAAAGUCAGCAUCUUAAGCCAAUAACAUAUGGCCAUGUGUACAAUGGAUUUCGUUAAAGUGGAUUUGUCUUGUAAACAUUUAGCAAAGUAAUUUACUUGUGGAAUUAAGCAUUAAGCUAUAUCCUUGAAUCAUUUUGUAGAGGUGCCAUCAUGUAAUUGUUUGUGAACCUCAUUAAUUUGAAGUACCAGUAACAUGUAGAAAUUACAUGAUCAUCUCAAUGAAUUCAUAGUGCCCUUGGCACAAAGGGUCUUGUUUGGUGAGCAUCCCUAUACACAGUUAAAAAACCAUAUUAAACUUAACCAGUAUUACAUGACUGUUGGCUAGAGACAAUCACCAAGUGUCACUUCUUGAACGGUUAAUGGAAUGGGUUUGUCUAUGUGGCCAGGAGCCUAAAGCCAGAUUAUAUUAUUAGUUACAUAAGUAAUCUUUUGAUGUGGCAAUGGAGGGAAUUACAAGUGCCCCAAGGCACUGAAGAAAAUUAUUUGGUGAGUACUGUUGAAGAGGUUAAAAUAUCAUAUUAUAUGGCAGAAUACAGGUUUGGCUUUGGUGCCAUUUUGUUAUGCCCUAAUAAUACCUAAGAAGAUUAUGGAUAACAUUAUUGUGCAAAUUAUUCUUAAUGUAAUAUCAGAUCUUUAUCCUAGAACUUAUUUUUCUCUAACAUGGCGUUAUAUCUAGUAAUUUUGGUCCUUGAAUAUGGAUUUUAUUAACUGUGCAUUAUGACUUGUCUCUUUUCAGGCACCUAAGAUAAUAAGACUAUGCUUGGCAUUAGUGUAAUCACCAUAAGUCCAUAACAUCAUCUUUAUUCAGUGCCAUUCCAAAUUCUGCUCCAGAUUCAUUAACUAUGGGGAACUUAUCAUUAGAUUCAUAGAAGAGUGAUCCUAUGGUGGUUGUUUAUACAAAAGCAAAAGAUGGACCACCUACUGAAGUUUUCCGCACUGAAGUAGUUCUUAAUUCAUUGAAUCCCACAUGGAUCAUGAAAUAUGCUAUCACAUUCCAGUUUGAAGUUGUACAAACUUUGCUGUUUCAUGUAUAUGACGUUGACACUCAAUUUCACAAUGUAGAUGUUAAGAUGAUCAAGCUAGAUGAGCAACAAUUCCUUGGUGAAGCGUCUUGUGCAUUGUCUGAGAUUUUGACCAAAUCAAAUAGGUCUCUGACCUUAGAUCUCGUCCAAAAAGAAGAUUCUACAAUAUCAAGCCAUCCCCAUCAUGGGCAACUUCUUGUGCAUGCUGAGGAAUGCAUUAGCUCAAAGACUACAACUGAGAUGAUAUUAAGGUGUUCAGAUUUGGAGCACAAGGAUCUGUUCUCAAGAAUUAACCCUUUUCUGGUAAUCUCAAAAACUGUUGAGAGUGGGAUCCCAAUUCCUGUGUGUAAAACAGAAGUCCUAAAGAAUGAUCACAACCCAAUAUGGAAACCAAUCUUUUUGAAUAUUCAACAAGUUGGAAGCAAGGAUAGCCCACUGGUGAUAGAGUUCUACAACUUCAAUAGUAGUGGCAAGCAUGAUUUAAUUGGAGAAGCUCGAAAAUCCCUAGCAGACUUGGAAAAGCUUCAUUCUAGUGGGAAAGGUGAAAUUUUAUUUUCACUCAAUGCUGGUGGACAUGAUCGCAACAAGGUAUUAAAAAGCCAGCUAUUUGUGGACAAGUUUUCUGAAAGCAUUCAAUAUACGUUUCUGGAUUACCUGAAAGGAGGAUGUGAGCUGAACUUCAUGGUGGCUAUUGAUUUCACAGCUUCAAAUGGAAAUCCCCGCCUCCCUGAUUCCUUGCAUUAUCUUGAUCCUACAGGACGAUUAAAUGCGUACCAGCAAGCAAUCGUAGAAGUUGGAGAAGUGUUGCAAUUUUAUGAUUCAGACAAGCGCUUCCCUGCCUGGGGAUUUGGAGCACGGCCAAUUGAUGGUCCAGUUUCUCACUGUUUUAACUUGAAUGGAAGCAAUAAUCACUGUGAGGUUGAUGGAAUCCAAGGAAUUAUGAUGUCAUAUAGUAGUGCUCUAUUGAAUGUUUCUUUAGCGGGUCCAACACUUUUUGGGCCUGUGAUAAGCACUGCUGCACUAAUUGCUAGCCAGUCUCUCGCAAAUGGAGGGAAAAAAUACUUUGUUUUGUUAAUAAUUACGGAUGGAGUUGUAACAGAUCUCCAAGAAACCAAAGAUGCCAUAGUGAAGGCGUCUGACCUACCAUUAUCAAUCCUUAUUGUUGGAGUUGGAGGAGCCGACUUCAAAGAAAUGGAGAUUUUAGAUGCUGAUAAAGGGGAGAGACUUGAAAGUUCUACUGGACGUGUUGCUUCACGUGAUAUAGUUCAGUUUGUUUCAUUCCGGCACAUACAGGGUGGACAAAUUUCUGUUGUUCAAGGGCUUCUGGCUGAACUACCGACUCAAUUUUUAACCUACAUGCGAUCCAGGGACAUUCAACCAAACUUUUGAUUUUGUAAAGAAGUUGUACAUAUGGAAAUGAAUUUUCUAUUUGUGGACUUCAUGCGCAUUCUCGCAGAUUUACUAAGUCAACAAAACCUGAUGCCAAUUGGCUAGGGUUAGCCACACCAUCCUUUGUGAUGAUCGUAAGGGCUGGACAAAUUUUACAUUGUUGCCAGCUUGAAACGUGACAGAUCAAUGAAGACUUUUUGCAGUUGGAAUAAACUAUAGAAGAAUCAUUGAAAAUGUGAUGCAUUCAUUCAUGCCAGCUAAGGAAGAACCGAGGCGCAACAAAUUGGCCAUGCAUAUCAUGCAAAGAGAAACAAAAAUUUGAAGAAGUCAGAAUUGUAAUGUCAUCUUUUGAUUGUUUUUGUUGCUUGUAUUGAUGCAUUUUUGGCUAUUUGUUGUCCAAACAUAUCAUGUGAAAUACACUAUUCAGUUUGAACGUUCAUAUUGGUUCGUUUUUGGUCAAAAUUAGAAAAUGAUAGAUUGCCUGGCUCCCUCCCACUCUUCGAUUUA